AUGGUUGUCGGAAUUUGCGACGAGACUAAGCCCAACUGCAAGAUGUGUGCUUCUUUUGGUGUGCUAUGCAACUUCGGAUUUAAUGUUCCAGAUCUUCAACCAGUGACGUCCGACACUGGAAAGUCUCUGGUCCGAUACAAACCUGCAGUUCCUCAUUCUAUCACACACGCUAUCUGGACAUCCGACGAGUUCACAAAGUAUCAGCUAAACACCAAAUGUCAAGACUUUGCAACUCGAUACUACGAGCGGAGUCUUCUUACACCUGAUGAUCCUAACAUGUUAAAGGUGAACCAGGGUCUCUUCAAGCUUGCCUUUACUUACCCUUGUCUGAUGCAUGCUUCACUAGCCGUGGCCCUAAGCUAUGAUCGCUUCCUCAACACAACCUCGUACUCGCGGCGUAGUUUCGAAGAGUGCUACCAUUGGUCGCAAAGCACAGCCAUCUUCAACGAGAAAUUGAGACAACCGCUCAAGAAAAGAGACAAAGACCCCAUCUGGGGCACCGCAGCCGCCUUGGCUGUCCUCACAUUCUCAUCUCCUGAUGCGUACAGACCUGAAGAUUCAUGGCCGUUGAAUCCAUCUACUAAAAAUGACUUAGAAUGGAUACAGAUGAUCAAUGGGAAGAUGUCUCUGUGGCAAAUGGUUGAGCCACACCGAAAGGACAGUGUCUUCCAUGUUAUGGCAGCGACGUUUGAUCAGAUGCAAGCGCCUUUGCCAGAGGUCGGGAUACAUGGUAUACCAGAUCUGUUGGCCGAGGUGUGUCUGCUACACGAUCUAUCGACGGCGGAUGACAACCCUUACUUCAUCGCCGCGCAUGCUGUGUCUCGUGUGCUCAAUCUUCCAGACAGCGAGGUUACAACAGGUCACACGCAGCUUUUCACGCAUAGUCUUGAUGGGGUGUUUAAAACAUUACUUCUCGGAAAAGACCCUGUCGCUCUCCUGCUGUUAUAUCUGUGGUACCGCAAGGCAGGACGGAGCAUUUGGUGGAUUGAGUUGAGGGCCAGAGUGGAAUGUCCGGCAAUUCGGAUGUAUGUACAGCUAUAUCACGGAGACGACGUGGUGGUGAAUGCACUACUUCUGAAUGAGGAAUUGGUUAUGGCCUGA